AGAUGUCUACGAGGACAAAAUGGCCAUCGAGGAAAAUAUAUUGAAAAUGUCGGGCAUCGACAACAACAAAGACAUAUCAAGGAAAUAAGGUAUCUAUCUUACACAUUUAUCAGAAUUGACCAAUUUUUGAAAAACGUUUUAUUUUGCACUUUUGCGAUAAUAUGAACGAAAUUUCUGAAAACCAUGUUUUUGUAAUUUGUUACAGAGAAAAAGCAGAGACUGCACUGUGGUUUUCUGAGACGUAUGGGCUGACUCCAAAAUCGUUGAGUCUGGAAGACAAUACUGGUCAGAUGAUCAAUGUAAACUUUAAAAGUCAAGAAUUUAAUCAAGGUAACUACCACUGCAUAGGUUGUAAUGAUCACUAAGGCCCAGUUGUCUGAAGGUAACUAUAGUCCACCCUAGUUUUGUUUUAUCAAAAAACUUCAAUAUCAAGAUUUUUUUUCCUUUAUUGCAAAGAGUAUUGUCUGUUCAGAGGGGAGUCAGGUUAUGUCAUCUGAGAAGAACACAAGUAUUUUAAAAAGCAACAAUAAUCUCAAAACAAAGUAGGCUUGUUCCUGGAGCCCUACAGUAUGUCUCAGUACAGAAAUUAACUCUCACUUUGCAAUGUUAGCUAGGCUUUAAUACUGUUUAGUGUGUGCAGUUUGAUAACUAGGCUUUUUCUAUUUUUUUUCUCACAGGCCAACCUAAUAAGCCCUAUGACAACCUUGAUGAGGAGGAGAAGGAAAAGAUCAGGGCCCUCCUAUUUAUUAUGGACAGAUUUUCAAUUUCACUGGAGGGAUAUCAUGAACUAACACAAGUCGAAAAGAGUUUCCCCAGGACAUAUUUAAUUGAAAGCUACACCAAGGUUUUGGACAGUAAGUGGCAAGUCACACGGACACCAGGAGAUGCUCCAGGUGCAGAGCUGCCGUUCAAACUUCUACUGAAGCAUGAAGUUCGACAGCAUGUAAGUUGUACUAUAAUCUGUUUUGACUAAUGUAUUAGAUGCCCAAUGCAAAAGUCUCCAGAUACAAAAAAUCCUUUUCACAUAUCAGCCCAAACAUGUUUGAGCAUGUUUAAAAUGUUUGAUAUUAAAGUCAAAGAGAUAUUGCCAACUAUACAAUAAGUUAAGCCAAAAAAGAGAAUGUUAAUUGUUUCCUGUGUUGUAUUCUUUUCAUAGCUGAAGAAUAUUGAAUUGCCUUUGCAAAAUAUUAAAGUGAAGAUAUCAGGAGAUGGCACCAGAAUGUCCCACAGCAGCAAUGUUUUUGUGUGUUCAUUUGCCAUUGUGGAGAAUGGACAAAAUUAUUUGUCAAGCUCAGGUAAGUUACUUAUAGGAAGAGCAACCAACAUGAAAUUUCUCUUUAUAACAACAGCAUAACUGUAUCACAAUAAAAUUAAACUUUUAAAACUAUUUAUCAAACAACUAAACCAGUUUUAGACGAAUGCCACCUUACAUGUAGCAUGAUUUGAAAAAAAAAAUACAAACACUAUUUAAAAAUUUCCCUUAUAUGCACAAUUUCAACAUCGAAAACUAAAGACAUUGACAGCAAAACAUGCUUGAGGUGGUCUCUCACACACUGGAAGUUUAAUGAAUUUUUUAAAAAAAUUAUCCUUUGUAGGAAACCACACCAUUGCCAUCAUCAAGGGAAAGGAGGAGUACCAGACUCUAAAAGCAUCACUAACAAAUGUCAUCUGUGAUGUGAAUACCACCAUCAAAGAGGGUCAUAUUGUGGUUGAUGGCCAGAAAGUUAAUUUAGAAUUCUUCCUGGGAGGAGAUUACAAGGUAAAUUAAGUUUCAUGUACAUACUCUUUAACAUUUUGAAAAAGUAGUUAUUUCUCCUGACAGUAUGCAUUUUUUAACAAAAGAUCUGGAUUUAACUCAAACAAAAAGUCAUUGCCAUUGGAUUUGUUUCACUAUAAUUUAACCCUCAGGAAGGAUUAAGUAAUCAAGAUCCCACUGUAUUAUUAUAUAAUGUACAUGAACUUUAUAUUGUUUACAACAGUUCCUACUCCUAGCAAUGGGAAUGAAGGCUGCCACCUCCAACAACAGCUGUAUUUGGUGUAAAAUUCUUAAGAAUGACAGGUAAACAAGAUCUUGUAACAUUCUAAUCACAAUCUCAUAUCAUUUUGCAAAACUUCUAUCUUAAUCUGUAAUAAGGAAGAUAUGAAGCAUUUGCAAAUGUUCCUAAGUUACAUUUCUCAUUUUUGAAGAAGCAACCGACAUUAUUUACUGAUUUCUAGGUGCAACAUGUCCCUUAAAUGUACUCACUUUCAAAGUGCAGAGCUGUUGCGGAUAGUUGAUAGUACUUGGUCCAAACAGCCAGGAUGCCAUUCAGAGCCAUUCUUUACAAUUCCUGUCAGCAAUGUUGUCCUAGAUGAGCUUCACCUAAUGUUAAGAAUAACAGACCAGUUAGAGGAAGGACUUAUCUAUGACAUUACUAAAUGGGAUAAGGUAAAUAUCAAACAUGCCCUUUUGUUGUGACCUUAGAGAAAUUCCAGCAAAAAUUUUCCUGUUCCAAGGAAUAUACUCAUCUUACUUAAGACAUUUGAACCCAACACAAUAAACAUAAGAAAAUAGUAUUUUCAUAUUCAUGGAAACUAAUGCAACCAUGUAUGUUUGCAGGAUGACAACCACAAAAGACAAAAGUCUGAGACUCACUUACAAGAAUUUCUUGUAGCCGUGCGUUCCUUGGGUGUGAGCCUCUGUGUCUACUGGGUUGGUGAGAAAUUGGAGUGGACUUCUCUUUUGGGUGGAGAAAAAAGGAUUUUACUAAAGAAGCUGCCUGAUUUGUUCCAUAAGUUUCUUCCUCCAGAAAGAGUUGAGGUAACCCGCCAACUAUGGAUGGUAUGUAUUUAUUGUGUUCACGUAGUAAUGCAAUCCUAAAUUAGUUUGUAUCGAGAAUUUUUGGGACACAGCAGGGGCAAAUUACAUCAUGAGCACAUGCACACAGUCUAGUAUACAUAUUAUAUAUAUAUAUAAUGUGUAAAGAUCCAAGCAUUUUCAAUUGCUUGAUAAAUUCAAGCUACAAUAAUAGACCUGUUACAAGUAUGUAAAAACUUACUUAUCAUCUUGCUUGCCUGUGAUUUCAGAAUUUCAGAGAGCUGCUAGACAUCUUAAACAAAGAGAAUUUGACAGAUGAUGACAUUUCAGCAUUUGAAACCAAGGUAAGAUAACACAAUACACAUACAAAACAUAAGACUGAUCAUAUAUUAAUAUCAUUAUAGUAACAAGGUUUUUCAUAACUAUGUAACAAAAAAAUUUGCUUACUCUUGCAGGCACAGAGUUGGGGAAAACAGAUGGUGAACAUGUCUGGCACUGGUCCUGGGUAUUCUCAGACCAUAAUCAUCACCCCAUGUAUGCACAGCUUGGUGUACCAUGUCCCAGUAAUGCUGCGUAACCAUGGAAGCCUUAAAAUGUUUAGUGGCCAAGGUAUGUAUCUUCACUUUAUUUUAUAGAUCCAUUGUAACAAUACUCAAGAUAAAUUCAUUAUUUGGCAUUGUUGGAAGUUGUAAGAAGCCAGACCUGCAAUUAAGAAAAGUAACAUGACAUUUAAUAACAGGUGUUGAGAAGAAGAAUGAUGAUUUGCGGCGGUAUUUCCACCGUAAAAUCAACAGAUGGGAUGCUGCAACAAACCUGCUGCUGGUGGAGAAAAGGCAAGAGGAGCUAAGAGAGGAAGAAAGAGCUAAACGGCCAUAUGAAAAGAGGGACAGCUUAUAUUGGAUGGAUGGUGGCAAGCAGAAGGCUGCAAAAAAGGUUGCUAGAAUUUCAACCUCAAUUCCGUCAGCAACACCAACGCCACAAGCAAAGACAGAAAGUGUCCUCAAGAAGAAGAAAGUUCCUGACCUCAUUACCCUGCUCGAGCAGAGAACAGGGAAGAAAAUGAAUCUCAAAUCCAGAAAGCAAGACUUAAUAAAUGCUUUAUUGAGCUCAGACACACAGCCCAGAUCUGAGUAA